GCAUUGAUACCUUCAUGGAAGUCUUCAUCUUCUUCAUCUGCUUUUCCUUGAUCUUCCACACAGAGGCUUUUAAUGGCAACUGUCCAUCAGUGAAUUGUGGCCAUGGCACCCCCGAUAUUCGGACUCCUUUCUAUCUCCAAGACCAGCAAUCCAACAGUUGUGCCCGCCCCGGUUUCAAUCUAGUCUGCAGAGAAAACCAAACUAUAGUUCAGUUUCAAUCUUAUGGGGAUUUGGUUGUCAAAUCCAUCUCUUAUGACAUCAAAAAGAUGGAUCUUCUCGACCCGAAAAAUUGCGUCCAUGAAGUGUUCCUAAACCUCAAUCUUUCUUCUACGCCAUUCAAGUAUUACUAUGAUGUAAAAAAGUACACAUACUUGAAUUGUUCUUUGAGGCUUUCAAGUUCUUUUCUGCAAGUUCCUUGCUUAAGUGGCUCUGACUAUCAUGUUUAUGUUGUGGAUUCAUCUCUACCCAUUCCAGUUUCUUGCAAGCCUGUGAAAACCAUUGCAAUUCCUUUUGCUUAUAGUCCUUAUAUCUCUGACAAUAGCUUUGGCCUUGGAUUAACUUGGGACUCGAUUGAUUCUGGAGACUGCAAAGCAAAACGAGUCUUAGGCAUCACCAUUUUCAUCGUCACUGUCGCAAUUCUAAUUCGUGUAAAGGCCUAUCGUUUCAAAAAAUUGGAGGAGGAGAAACAAAAGAAAAAAGAGAAUCAAGGUGAAUUUCAGGUUGACAAGUUCCUAGACGAUUAUGAAACCCUCAGACCUGCAAGAUGUUGA